AUGUAUGAAAAUAAUGAAAAUACUUUUUUGAAAAAUUUUUUCCUUUCACCCAAGAAAAAUGAUAAUAUAGAAAGUAACUUAGAUCAUAAAAAUAUAGAAGCUAAUUGUGUAGAUAAUAAUAUGUGUGAAAGUAAUAGUUUGAAUAAUAGUGGUUACAAUAAUAGUUUUUAUAAUAGCUUUUAUAAUAGUCAUAGUAAUAGUAAAAAUAGUAGUAAAAUAAGAAACUACAACAAUACAGAUAAUGUAAAUAAUAAUGCUAAUAGUGAUACUAUAAAUUAUAGUCACAAUGAUAAUAAAAAGAAUAAUAGUUAUAAUAAUAAUAAUAUUAUUAUGGGUAGCCCGUAUGUUUAUAAUUAUAAUAACAAUAAAGAUAUAUUAAAAGAAAAUCAAGAUAAAAAAUUUAAUAUGAAUAAAUUUAAUAGAGUAACAUUAUCGAAUCAGAAAGGAACACUUUUUAAGAAUAAAAAAGAUGAGUUAUUUUUAAUUGAAGAAAAAGAAAAGAGAUCACACAGUUAUAGUGACUGCAGAAAUGAAUCACAUAAUGAGAUGAAAAAAUCAUAUAUGGAAAAUAUAAAUAAUAUAAAUAAUUAUAGUAACAGUAGUAUGAAUUAUUUAAACUAUUAUAUUAAUAAUAAGAAGAGUGCAAAUUAUAUGAAUGCUAAUGGUGUAGUCAUAAAAUAUGAUGAUUAUAAUGAUAAUAAUAUAAAUAAUAAUAUGAAUAAUAAUAAUGAAGGCAAUAGUACUAACAAAAUGAGUUUUUUUACAAACACUAUAUUGAAUACUUUUCAAGAUAAAAAUAAUAAGACAAAAAAGAAAAAAGAAGUGAAAUGCUUAAGUAAUGAAGAUAGAUAUUUUUAUAAUUUAGAAGAAAGAAGGAAAUAUUAUAAAUAUAAUUUUGAUAAAAAUAUCAGGAAAUUAUUUGACAAUGUAGAUACAAAAACUAGUGGUGAAGAAUCAGCAAAUAGUGUAUUGAAAGAAAAGUAUAAUAAAUAUCAUAAGAGAAAUAAAAAAUAUAAAAAGCUCUUUGAAUAUAUUAAAGAGUUAAAAGAUCAUAUAAAAAAAACAAGUGAUCAUAUAAGAGAGGCAAAUGAGGCAUUCAUAAGAAACAUAAAACAAAAGCAACAUGUAGAGAAAAAAAAUGAUGUAGAGAAUAAAACAAUUGAAGAGUGUAAAAUAAUUCAGGAGA